ACCCGGCUCGCAGUCGAGCGUCGUUCGUUGUACGGUGCGGUUGUGGCGUUUGUGAUUAUUCUCGGAGUAGAUUUACGCAUUUCGCUAAUAGUCUACGCGCGUGUGACGCUGUGCACGCGUUUGCUUUUUUCUUUAUAUCAUGCGCGUAUUUGUACGUAUAUAAAGUGAUUUUUUGUGAUAGUGCGAGAGAGGAUCGGUGAGUGUUCGGUUCAUUUCGUUUCGUUUAUUCGUAUAGUGCCAAAGGUGGAUUAAAGACGUAUUCUUCUGAGAUAAAAUACGGAGAAGACGAAUCAACGAGCGAAGAUACACAAGUAUCCCGGCGAAGAUUUCGAUGCUGAACACCCAGGGGACUACGCUGGCGUUACUCCAAGAUCCUGAGAAUGUUUUCAGAAAGAUCGAGCCGGGGAACGGAUCAUGAAGUGACCGUGUACAAAGGACAUUCGGAGCGUGUGUGAUUCUGCGAAGUACUUAGCGAAAAUUAAGAUGUACCCCGCGCCGGCGAGACACCCAGCCGCUCCCGGUGGCGGAGGAAGCGGCGGGGCUGCGGGAGGGCUGAAAUUCACGGUGGCCGACACUUGCGAGAGGAUCAAAGAGGAAUUCAAUUUCAUCCAGCAACAGAACCACUCACUGAAGAUCGAAUGCGAGAAGUUGGCCAGCGAGAAAACCGAGAUGCAGAGGCAUUACGUUAUGGUAAGGCACUUUUACUAUGAGAUGUCUUAUGGGUUGAACGUGGAGAUGCACAAGCAGACUGAGAUCGCUAAGAGGUUGAACGCAAUAAUCGUCCAGCUACUACCGUUCUUGGCACAAGAGCAUGGCUUGCAGCAUCAGCAGCAGGUGGCCAAUGCGGUAGAGAGGGCGAAGCAAGUCACGAUGUCCGAACUGAACGCUAUAAUCGGGCAACAACAACAACAGGGUUUACAGCAGUUACUGCAACAGAUUCACGCGCAGCAGCUGCCACACGGUGCGGUGGUCGGCGGUCUCCCACCGGCGGGGCUGUUGGGGUUCGCGGGUGCGGCGGCGGCAGCAGCGGCCGCGGGGGUGCCACCUCAUCUGGCUCCGCCGCCUCAUCCGGCGGCCGCGGCUGCGGUUCAAGCACAGGCGCAAGCGCUUCUGAAACCAUCGGACCUGCAGCAGCAUCGGGUGGUGGCGGAGACGCCCGAGGAUCGUAAACCGAUCGCGCUCACCGACGAGAGGCUCAGGCGAUCCGUGUCACCGCCGGAGAAAUUUCGUAGCCGUACUCCCGACCUCGAGACCGAUCCUAAGAGGCGGAAGGAGGAGAAGCUCGGACACGACAGUGACGGAGAGAAGAGCGAUCAGGACUUAGUGGUGGAUGUCGCGAACGAGGAAGCUUCAUCACCACACGCAAAUGGCGAGCACUCAGAUCCACGUGAAAACGGUACCCUGGAAAAACUAGGAGCUCCAGGACACGUGGGCCCUAUUUCUGGUACUGGUUCAGCAUCUGUAAAGGACAGGCCACCGUCGCGAAGCGGAAGUUCCUCCGCUCGCAGUACGCCGUCUCUGAAAAGUAAAGAUAUCGACAAGCCGGGUACACCUGUGGCGGUGGCGAGGGGGUCGCGCAGCUGUACGCCAACUAUGGGCGGAAUUCCUGGUCCCUUGGCAUCGCGGGUCUAUCAUCCGCCAUCGUCGCAGCAAACGCCACCGCAGGGCUAUCAGGGUUUGCCGUCCCGCGGCAAUGAGCCGCCGCAAUCGCCUUCUCCGUACAGCAACUUACCAUACGCCAGGACAUCGAUGCUUGGCUUCGACGGUCACAUGAGGAUACCAUCCAGUAACGGGCUAAGCAACAUUCCGGGUGGUAAACCAGCGUACUCGUUCCAUAUGAACGGUGAGGGUCAGCUACAGCCGGUACCAUUCCCUACGGACGCUCUGAUAGGGCCGGGAAUUCCUCGUCACGCGCGUCAGAUUAAUACCUUGACUCACGGCGAGGUUGUGUGUGCGGUUACGAUCUCGAACCCGACCAAGUACGUCUAUACGGGUGGCAAGGGUUGCGUUAAAGUCUGGGACAUCGGCCACGGGGGUGGUGGCAGUAUCAAGCACGUAUCGCAGCUGGACUGUCUCCAACGCGAUAAUUAUAUUAGGUCAGUAAAACUACUGCCAGACUGCAGAACCCUGAUCGUGGGUGGUGAGGCGAGUCAGCUGAUCAUCUGGGAUUUGGCCAGCCCCACGCCGCGAAUCAAAGCGGAACUGACGUCAUCGGCACCGGCCUGUUACGCGUUAGCGAUUUCGCCGGACUCGAAAGUCUGCUUCAGCUGUUGCAGCGAUGGUAACAUCGCCGUCUGGGACCUGCAGAACGAGACGUUAGUUCGACAGUUCCAGGGCCAUACGGAUGGCGCCUCCUGCAUCGAUAUCUCGGCGGAUGGUUCAAAAUUAUGGACAGGGGGGUUAGACAACACGGUGCGCUCGUGGGAUCUACGGGAGGGUAGACAGUUGAAGCAACACGACUUCACUUCGCAAAUAUUCUCCCUCGGCUAUUGCCCAACCGGAGAGUGGCUCGCGGUCGGCAUGGAGAACUCAAAUGUCGAGGUGCUUCACGCUUCCAAGUCCGAUAAGUAUCAGCUCCACUUGCACGAGUCGUGUGUGUUGUCGCUACGAUUCGCUUCAUGCGGCAAAUGGUUCGUUUCUACUGGCAAAGACAAUCUACUGAACGCGUGGCGCACCCCGUACGGCGCUUCGAUAUUCCAGUCGAAGGAGUCCUCGUCGGUGCUGAGCUGUGACAUCUCCGCCGACGAUAAGUACAUCGUGACCGGAUCCGGUGACAAAAAGGCCACUGUAUACGAAGUGAUUUACUAGACGACACGCACGGUAAAAAAGACAUUUCAUGUUUUCCUCCCUUUGGUCGAAACCUAAACUCCAACGCGCUCUCCCGUUUCGCGGGAGAUCCUACAAGUGAGACUUUUUAGCAGCCUUAGGAGCCUAGACUGUUACUAUAUUGUGUAUAUAUACAUAACAAGUCUGUAUUAACUGCGUACGUAGGAAGUGCGCUCGAAAGAACGGAAAGAGAGAACGAAGCGAGCGGGAAAAAAGACAAGCGGAGUAAACGAAGUUUAGAGAAAGAACGUCGCUAAACGACGAUGCUAACGAAAGUUGUGAGAGAGAGAGAGAGAAACGUAAUGCGUGUGCUAGAGAGAAAGUUGUAUAUGUAUAUUUAGAAAUUGCGUGUGUGACUGUGUGAUUUAACUUUAGUGUCAAGUAUGUCAGUACAACACUUUCUUUGUCCCAUGUAUAUGUACAACGAGAACGCGUUAAUGGGACGUUACCAAGCGAUUUUACAUGCGCUUUAAGUGACCGGGAGAGCCUUGCAGAUGGUGAUGUUAGAUACGGUUCCCGGAUAAGUACCUAAUUAUAGAAUCAACACAUGAUAUGGAAGGCAACGCGUUGAGAACAAACGAUUCAAAAUCUAACAAAAGUUCUUUCUCGUCUUAUCGGGAUUUUAAUCAUUUUCGCAAUCACGAUUGUGAAUUGGAGCAUACCACUGGUUUAUAUACUUCGAAUCUCUUCGAGAAAAUGUUAGCUCGAUGCACGUGUUUCGUUAUAAAAUCAGUAUCUCAUCAGUUCCACUCAAUGAAUCAUUGAUUAGUCAUUUACUUAAAAUUCAUGAAAAUCAUCGAAUCUUCGUAAAGUUUCAAACGAUUAAUGAAUGUUGAAUAUCAAGUUCAAUAUCCUUAAUGUUUAACGCUGAUCGAUAACUAUGUUAAAAUCAUCAAUAAGAAAGGAGGCAAAGGAAAGAUAGAUAUAUCGAAUUAUUUAUCACGUGUAAAUUAUUCAAUACGUUGGAACGUUGCUGAUCUAGCAAAGAGAUCCGAUCGCUCGAAACGUUCGUGCAUCGAUUAGCGAAAUACACAAUCAUUAGAAGAUUCACGACAUUCUUUCGAAAAAAAAUACAUAUAUUGAAUAACGAUGAUUCCGCUGUUUCUACAUGAAGAAGGAAAGUAAACGUGAAGCCUGUACCGUGUGAGCAGUGUUGUGUAUUAUCUACGUGUCGACCACGGUUAUGGCAAAUAAUUAAUUUUAAAUAUAUUUCAUGAAAAAUUGUUCUCUUUUAUAUUCAAGAAAAUUUACGCAUGUAAUUGUUCGAGAUCGUCUUUUGAGCGAACAUUUACAGUUUUGGAUAAGUGACGGCAUAAUUCUUCGUAUUUGCUGAAAUUCGAGAAUUAUGUACAUAUGUAUUGAACUCCCUGUUUUAUGAACAUCUGCAACGCGUAAGCACAUGACCAAACGAAUUAACAAGUGCAAUGAAACAUAGUCCACGUUACAUUUCUUAAGCUUACAAAUCUUUUGACUCGUAAGAUACAUAAAUCAUUUUACAACACGCCCUACUGCACUGCAGAAGAUUACAAUCAAAUUUUAUCUUUCGUCGCAUACGUUUGAUUUACAGUUUUAAAUGACGAUUAAAGUAUAAAAAUAUCAAUGUAAAGAGUGUAUCGGCACAAUUCCAGCUUUCCUGAAUAUUUUGUAAAUAAUAUUGGGCUAAGAAUUAAGUUCGUGGAAAUUCAACAUUAAAUUAAUUCAGAUAUUCUUCUAUUUGAAACUGUAGCAUUCUGCACAGUAAUUUCGCGUUAUACAUAACGAUGAACAAACAGUGGCAUCAGGACCUUCGCUACGGUUGUAGCUCCUAUUACAUCUAUUACGUCCAUUUCUGUUAUCGACAAGCACACUGAUAUUACGCGUACUGAUCGAAUUUCCGCGUGAUUGUACGUAUUCGCAUCCAUAAAUGAUAAACGAAUGAGAAUCCGUAUACAGAAUCCUUAUGAAUCCUCAUCGGUAAUUGUGAUCGAUUGUACAUGAUGAUACGAUUGUGCCGCAUGACAGCUCGAGGUUUAAAAUAUACAUAAAUAAAGUCAUUAAUUAUCGAUCACAACGAGAGUCAGAUAAAUUCUAAAAUCUAUUGACAUUAGAGAAAAUCCUGCGAAGGAGAUUUGAAAAUUAUUUGAAUAAUUUGUUUUGAAGUUCUAUAUGUCGCGUAAGAGAAUUACUAACAAGUAUUACUGUCCUUGAACCAAAUCUCAUCCAAAACAUAAAGAGAAGGUAUUGGAUUUAGAUCGUGUUUCACUUCUCAUGCAAGCUAAUUAAAGUCUAUAGAUUACGUGCCGGUAAGAAGUAUCAUGCCUGUUCAAUUAUUAGCGUUAAAUCAAGCAAUAGGUACGAAUGAAAAUGAUAUGCCGAUCUGUUACGAUUAAUAAUUUAUUAAAAUCCGACAAAUAUCUGCAGUUCAUAAUUAUCGCUUGAAGAAAAUGAUUUGAUCUAUUUUUAGUUCACUUUUGUCAAGAUUUGUCAGAGCUGUUUAAGAUUUUCAGUAACGGAUUACGAAUUACUAAAUACGAACUUAUCAUUUGAUGCGAAACUAAACAUUGUUAUUAGAUUAUCAUUUAAAAAUUGCACUUUUUAUACGCUCUCUUACUGGGCAAUAACGCUUUCGUUGAGGGACAUGUAAGUACGUGUGUACGUGACGAAAUAGUAUGUAAUUGUGUCAUUUCCAAUCUUACCUGCGAUGUAAACGAUAAACAAUGAUUUUGUAAUUGCAAUACCACGUAUGACACGCAAUGUAAAAGGAAAACGUUCGAACGAGCGAUGUACAACACACAACCCCAUAUGGACAUAUACAUGUAUAGCGGAAAGUACGUGUCGACUAAAAAUGAUGCAGCUCGAAAUGUUUUUUGAAGAAAAAAAUAAAAGGUCUAAUUCCAUCUUUCUAGCUAUAGUGAUAAUACGAGAAUCGAAUAGAUAUACUUUUAUUUAUUGUCUCGCGUCAAGACAAUUUCUCUUUAUCCUCUGAGUGUGAUAACAAAAAAAAACAAAAAUAUUGAGAAGUGAAAUAAAUUCGUUUUCAUCACGAAA